AUGGCCAGGUCUAACUUUCAUAAACAUGACCGCAUUGUUCUCCCUGUGCUUGUCGAAUAUGACGAAAAAAUUCGCAAAAUUAUGCGUCAAUACGUUUAUGAUGCGGACUUGAUACUCAUAUUAGAAUCAGAAAAUCUGGAAAUCAUGACUGAACCUGAGGCUGCUGCUAUCUACUGUCUUGAAAGUGUAAACCAACAUCAGUUAAAAAUUGGAGUGCAUACACUUCUUCCCAAUGCAAGAAUCAGUGAAAUCACAGAAAGUAGUGGUGAAUCUUGUGGCUCAGCAUAUAUUGAUGAAGAUUUCAAAAAUUCCUUGCUCAUAAAAUUGGAAAAGCUGUCUUUCGGCUGGUGGAAGGAAAACAUUACCCGGAACUUCAAUAUUUAA